AGUAUAUGGAGCCGUAAGCGUUGGUCUGACCCAGUGUGUAUGUGCGAGUGUGUUUGAAUGAGUGUGUGUGCCGACAGCAGCUGGCAGAGGUGACAUUCAUCUGUUUCGCUGAUUUGGAAUAAAUGAAAAACCUAAAAAUCCGGAUAUUUACAUGAACCAGCGAUGCCCUGUGUACAAACCCAGUAUCCAUCCCUGCCCCAUGACAACUACUUCAGCUCUGAGUUUUUGAAUCCUGACCUCAGUGCCAAACUGGUGAUGGACAUCAGUGGCCAAAAGGACCAGCUGUCUACAUCUUCGUUGCCCAGCAUCAACACCUUAGUGGAAAAUGGCUAUGUGGGGGAGUUUGAUGCUUAUUCCUGCAAGAUUACCACCUCUCCUCCCGCCUCUACAGUUUCAUUCAAUCAUGCCGCGGUAGCUGAAAGCUCCAGCCCUCAGAUGCAGAACCAGGCUUUCAAGCUGGAUGAUCUCCAGGUGUAUGGCUGUUACCCAGGUUCCUUUGCGCUCAGCUGCUUCGAUGAAACACUGUCGUCAUGUGGCUCAGACUACUAUGGCAGCCCAGUUUACGCUGCUGCUUCUCCUCUAACACCCGGCUUUCAGACCCAGUCUGCACCUGUCUGGGAUUCCCCUUUCAGCCCCUACCCCUCAGCCCCCCCCUCCUCUGUGGGUGAUAAGGCCGCCAUGGCUCAGCAGCUCUCUUUUUUCACCUUCAGCCCCACACCAGAGCAGCACUCCCCCCUGGGGCAUCAUCAGGAUGCUCAGGCAGGCCAGGAUGAUCCUUUCUUCUUGUCUCACCAGCAGCAUGUUUCUCCACUUCAUUGUCCCCCCAUGUCCCUGGAACAUGGACCUCUGGAAAGCCCCAGGAUAGUGGAGGGGGCAAUGACGUCUCCUAAAAGCCACAACCCAGGCUCCAGUGAGGGCCGCUGUGCAGUUUGUGGUGACAAUGCAUCCUGUCAGCACUAUGGAGUCCGCACCUGUGAGGGCUGCAAAGGUUUCUUCAAGCGAACUGUACAGAAAAACGCAAAGUAUGUGUGCCUUGCCAAUAAAGACUGUCCGGUGGACAAGAGGAGGAGGAACCGCUGCCAGUUCUGCCGUUUCCAGAAAUGUCUUGCAGUGGGAAUGGUCAAAGAAGUUGUGCGCACAGACAGCCUCAAAGGUCGCCGGGGUCGCCUGCCUUCUAAACCCAAGACUGUGGCUGAGGCUUCGUCCACGACCCCGAGUGUAAACAUCAUAUCUUCGCUUGUCAGGGCACAUUUAGACUCAAACCCGAGCAUUGGGAAGCUUGACUACUCCAAGUACCAGGAGACAGUGGACAAUCUGAAAGAAAAGGAGGAUGCUGGUGAUAUCCAGCAGUUUUAUGACCUGCUGACUGGUGCCUUGGAUGUUAUCAGGAACUGGGCUGAAACCAUCCCAGGAUUCACAGACUUCUGCACAGAGGACCAGGAGCUGCUCCUUGAAUCUGCCUUUGUUGAGCUCUUCAUCCUCCGACUUGCAUACAGGUCAAAUCCAGAGAAGAACAAAUUAAUCUUCUGCAACGGCGUGGUCCUCCACCGACUGCAGUGUGUUCGCAGUUUUGGUGACUGGAUCGACUCCAUCAUGGAUUUCUCCCAGAGUCUUCACCGCAUGAACUUAGACAUCUCCUUGUUUGCCUGCCUUUCGGCGCUUGUUAUCAUCACUGAUCGCCAUGGCCUCAAAGAACCCAAACGGGUUGAGGACUUUCAAAAUCAUCUCAUCAAUUGUUUGAGGGAACACGUGAGUGGAAACGGAUCAGAGCCGAGCAGGACCCAGCCCAACUAUCUUUCUCGUCUUCUGGGCAAACUCCCUGAACUGAGGACUCUGUGCACACAAGGCCUGCAGCGUAUAUUCUACCUUAAACUGGAGGACCUGGUCCCACCUCCACCAAUUGUGGAGAAAAUCUUCAUGGAUACUCUGCCGUUCUGAAAAAUAUCAACACAAACAUGUUAUUUGUAAAAAAUGGAGAUGGAAAGCACCCAAUGUGAGGUUUUAUCACUGGACUCUACUGGUGAACCUCUUUCAAGCACACUGACCUGUGUGUUGAUAGACAUCUGACAUUGUUCAAGAGACCAUUAUUUUUCUAACAUUAACUUUUAAAAUUGAAUAUGGUAUCUGUGUGAGUACUACAUAAGGAUUUAUUUCAGUUCCAUGAAACUGUCAUAGACAGAACUGACAGAACUGAAAUGGUAUAAACAGUUCAGGACACAGUUUAUAUAUUUUUCGUGUGCAUGUGUAAAAUGACUUUAUUGCUGUGCUAGAUGUGUGAAUGUUGCUAUGCAGACAUGGUAUGGCAAGGGUACUUGGGUAGAUGCAAUGCAGUGUUACAUACUAAGAAACACACUAAUUUCUUAAAAACCAUGUUUUUAAAAUUUGCUUUUUGACCCCACUAAGAAGCUGAGGUAGUAGAUUAUUUGGUAUAAAAAGGGCAGAGAGAAUCACAAGUCCUGGUUGUUAAGAAAAAACUGUGGAGUCCUACUUUUCAGAAGGGAAAUAUUUACUAAUUUCUCUGUAUCACAAAACAUAGUUUUAGUCAUAAUCAUGCUCCUGUGGAAGGUCUCGGACCAAAGUUUACGCUUAUUUUGAUACUACCAGUUACAAACCUUAUUGCCUUACGCUAAACAAAAUGUUCCACCAUAACUCUUGCGCUGCCAUUUUGCAACACCUUGUAAAGGAUAAUGCUGGCAGAGCUCCUGUUGAACCACAUGUCCCUGUAAUAACAUUUUUCUUGGGCUUUUGAGAACAAAAAUGGAGUUGUUGAAUGAAAAUGUAAAGUGCCUUUUAUAAAACCUCAGCCCGUGAACCACAAGUGACACUAAGUGAAUUUUCAUUCCAAAUAUCACAUACAGUGAGCCCUAUUUGUUAUAGGCAUGAAAAAAGAUGUUCACCAUUAGAAAUCACACUGAACUCAUCGCUGAUGAAGAUGAUUUCUGGGCUGUGCCAGCUUUUGAUGUGAAGUGCCUGAGGCAUGUGACUGUUGAUACAGUUUGAUAUAGAGCAUACAAUACUUGAACGCACACUUCAUAAUGCUAAACUGGAAGGGCAUCAAGUGAGGCCAGGUGGUUUUGGAUCUACAAGAAUUAAAUCCUGUUCACAUGUUCAUGAAGCAGUGGAAGUUAUAAUUAGCUGUCCAUCUUGAGAUUAAAUUAUGUGAGAGCACAUUUCAGAGAGUCCUCGUAUCCACAAUUAAAGUAUAACAUUUCUACUAGUUUGAUACAUGGAAAAAUCCCACACUUGAAAAUUCAUAUGCAUAGACAGACAUUUUAUGUUUUACAUCAACUGGUUUCUUCUCGUUGGAUGUUACACACAGAUACUUCACCUUUCAUGUGUUUUGAACCUCAACUCUGUUGAAGUUUCUCCAACUGUCUUCCACAUUUGUCUAAAUCAUGCAGAUUUUUUAUAUGUUGGAUUUUUUUUAAAUUUCAUCUCAAACUUAACUUAAAAAAUACAGUACCUUAAGGAAUCGCAGUGAAAUGUGAUGAGAAGAUGAGCAGCUAUGAACACUUCAAACAGUGUUCAAACAGUAUGAAGAAUACUUCUUUCUCCUACUGUAUGAGUUUUGUUUGGGACAUGUGUGUUGACUUUGACAAUACUGCCUGGGCUUUUGUAAAAUGGUGCAAAAGUAUUCAGAGACAGAGAAUAUUUGAUAAUAAAUGUUUUUUAAAAAUA